UUCACUACGGGCUGUCAUUGGACCGCGGCAGAGCGAUGACGCACGAGCUGCGCCUAACCAUUGGACGGCACGAUCCGGAAAUUGCAUGCGGGUUCGGAGGCUCUACAAAGGGCGCGAACGCGUCCACACCGACACAUUCGGUCGCGAUGGCGAUGGCGGUGCUCCUCCUGCUCGGUUUGAACGUGUUGGUGGGAGCUCUUGGGUCUCCGCGACAAGCCAUCUCAAGGACGGAACGGCGGGACAUGGACUUAGCUCGCGCAGCUACCUUUCGCCGUUUUAGGAGGGAUGUGGAAGAGAAGAACGGAAACUUGGACCGCGUAGUCUGCGUCCUGCUUGAGCUGGGCUCCCCCUGGUGCGAAAAAGGUCAGUGA